UGGAUAUUUUACUUCAAACAUUGCGCACGUAGUUUGUUACGUAUGUCGGAAGACGAGCGUGUGUCUGCUGCUGCUGACGAUAACUGACGCAAGUGAAAACGACCAGACAAGGUGGCGAUCUAUUGAAGUGACAGCAGUUUCGACAAGGUUUGACAGGGUGGCAUCAUGUUCAAGUCCAUAUUUGGCCGGAAAGCGACUCCUGCGGAGCAGCCUGCAUUGUUCCAGGAGAGCCAGCAGGGCGACUUUGUGGUCUUCGAGAGCCCAGCCGUUAGUGAGCCACCUCAGGCCGCCGUAGAUCCUCUUGUGAACAUGGAAACCCAGCGUUCUCCACCACCUACAAGCCAGCCACAUGGUAUUGACGGUGUGCCUUUUCAAUUGAAUGCCUGCCUGACCCAGUCUGGCACCACUGCUGGGAAUGUGGAUGCGCUGCUUCGCAGCUUGCGGAGCAUGGGUGACCUCUCCUGGACCGAGUAUGACUACAGUGUUGAGAGACGCAUACUGCGGGAUUAUGCGUAAGGACUGGUGCUGUGUGCAUACUGCCACCAUUGACGGCGAGUCAUGCA